CAGUAAGCUGCCAAAGUUGAAGCCGAUUGGUCUCUGCUUUUCCUUGCCUCUGGCAACUGACAGCGCGCCCCAGCCUCGCAGGCCGGCUGCCUGCUCCCGGAGCCACUCAGAAGGUCUGGGCACUGCAGUAGGCUCGGCUUGGUCCCAGCCCUUGCCUGGGAAAAAAGUGGUGUACUCACCCAGAGAGAAUCUUUCUACCUUUCCUUCUUUCUCGAUCUCUCUGUGGGCUCUUGUGUUUCUUUCUUUUUAUUCUUUUUUUUUGGACUUAAUUAUAUUCCUAAUCCUGGAUGAAGUUGCUGGAUUCUGCAGCACAAGUCUUCAUGAACAAGCGGCCCCGUUCAGAGAUUUCACGGCAUUCAAAGGUCACAGAACUGCCACUAUGGUUAAAUGUCUUGUUUAAUGGUUGAGAGGUGUGGCAAAAUCUUGUUUGAGAACCGUGAUCAGAAUGCCAAAUGUGUUUGCAUGCUAGGAGAUGUACGACUAAGGGGUCAGACAGGUGUUCCUGCUGAACGCCGUGGCUCCUAUCCAUUCAUUGACUUCCGCCUACUUAACAAUACAACACACUCAGGGGAAAUUGGCACCAAGAAAAAGGUGAAAAGACUGUUAAGCUUUCAAAGAUACUUCCAUGCAUCAAGGCUGCUUCGUGGAAUUAUACCACAAGCUCCUCUCCACCUGCUGGAUGAAGACUACCUGGGACAAGCGAGGCAUAUGCUCUCCAAAGUGGGAAUGUGGGAUUUUGACAUUUUCUUGUUUGAUCGCUUGACAAAUGGGAACAGCUUGGUAACACUGCUGUGCCACCUCUUCAACACCCACGGGCUCAUUCACCACUUCAAGUUAGAUAUGGUGACCUUACACAGGUUUUUAGUCAUGGUUCAAGAAGAUUACCACAGCCAAAACCCAUAUCAUAAUGCUGUCCAUGCAGCAGAUGUCACUCAGGCCAUGCACUGCUACCUGAAGGAGCCAAAGCUCGCCAGCUUCCUCACGCCUCUGGACAUCAUGCUUGGACUGCUGGCUGCAGCAGCACACGAUGUUGACCACCCUGGAGUGAACCAGCCAUUUUUGAUCAAAACUAACCACCACCUUGCCAGCCUAUAUCAGAAUAUCUCUGUGCUGGAGAAUCACCACUGGCGAUCUACAAUUGGCAUGCUUCGAGAAUCAAGGCUUCUUGCUCACUUGCCAAAGGAAAUGACACAGGAUAUUGAACAGCAGCUGGGCUCCUUGAUCUUAGCAACAGACAUCAACAGGCAGAAUGAAUUUUUGACCAGAUUGAAAGCUCACCUCCACAAUAAAGAUUUAAGACUGGAGGAUGCACACGACAGGCACUUUAUGCUUCAGAUUGCCUUGAAGUGUGCUGACAUCUGCAAUCCUUGUAGAAUCUGGGAGAUGAGCAAGCAAUGGAGUGAAAGGGUGUGUGAAGAAUUCUACAGGCAAGGUGACCUUGAGCAGAAAUUUGAACUGGAAAUCAGUCCUCUUUGUAAUCAACAGAAAGACUCAAUCCCUAGUAUACAAAUUGGUUUCAUGACCUACAUCGUGGAGCCGCUCUUCCGGGAAUGGGCCCGCUUCACAGGAAACAGCCCCCUGUCUGAGAACAUGCUAAGCCAUCUCGCACAUAACAAAGCCCAGUGGAAGAGCCUGUUGCACAAGCAGCCCAGGAGCAGCGGCGGCGGCCCUGAGCACGCCGGCCCGGGGACCGAGAAGGAAGCGCAGACUGAGCCGGACGCUGGCGCCCCGUAGACCCCGCGCUCUACUCUGAGCCCGAGAGAAUCUCCGUGAGCAGAGGCCUCCGAGAGGGUGCAGAAGUCCUGAGGGGUUCUUGCUAAUGAACCCAGCCACUCUCUGGGUUUUGCUCUUGGCCUCUUCUAAAUGCCACCCUCCUCCUAUUUACCCGCCUCCCCUCCUGUUUCCAAGUGUACAGAAAGCCAUUUGUCACCUCAGCAUUAGCUGCCGAAACGAGCAACUCCAUUCAGUAACGUGGCAGCCGAUUCCAGGGGCAGGCUGCCACCCCGAGGAGAAGACUGGAGAGUAAGAACGAGGUGCUUCUGCCAUGUCCCCCACAGGCCCUGGGUCACACUGUGACAGGCAGCAGUACAAAGUCCAGAGCAUUUUCCGCAUGUCAUCUGACUGCUGAGCUGCAGGACAAAACACCAGCAUAUUUGGAACUCCGAGGAUAUUGGUCUUAAGUGCAAGAGCACAAAUGAGAACGUGAGAGAGAAAGUACCUUAUAUUUUAAUAAUAAUUAUUAUUAUAAAAAUAAUAAAUCUUUUUAACUUUUAUAUUUUAUGCACUAGACAAUGGAUCUAAAACUCUGGACUAAGAUUACUCAAUGUACCCAAAAGGAACAAGGGGAUCACUGUUUUCUUACCGACUUUAUGCCACUUCGGGUCAGAGAUUGGGCAUCUUCCCAAUUUCAGAAUCCACGUUUCCUAUCCGACGGAGGGGAAGGUGCUGUAGAGUUCAUUCCUUUGCACCAUUAGCCAAUCUGUCUUUUAUUGCUAACUCAGAUUCAGUGGCAUGUUUAUAUUCAUACAUGUACAUUUUCUGUAAAUACCAAGUGCUACUGAUACCCAUGCCAAAAUACAAGAGUAUUAUGGGAUUGCUACCUGUAAACAACGGCACUGUGAACAAAAUACUGUUAGUUUUAAUACAAGAGAAUGCAUUUGUAAAUAUGGUAUAUAGAGUUUAUUAAUAUACUAUUGUUUGCAGAUAAAGGCCUUAACUUUAAA